CCAUAAACAACCUUUUCCCACCACCAUUAUCUACCAUCGAUAUAGCUUCCAACGUCAACAUGAAGAUCUAUCUCAACAUCUUGGUGGUCCUCUGUACGAUCGCCGUCUUCACCUCGGCGGCUCCGACCGCCUUCGGCCCCUCCAGCGGCACCACCUCUGCGGUUCCGUCCACCUUCGACCCUUCCGGCGGCAUCACCUCCAAGACCGACGAGACGAGAAUCAAUCUGGUCAACAGCCCUCGCUUCAAGAUCCGGGACGACGACGCCAUUAAUACUCCAUCCAACGAUACCGACGACCCCUUCCAGGGACCCGAGGCCCAGCAGCUUACCUGCAAGACCUCGUGGGCCUCCCCGACUUAUUCCAAGUGCACCAUGCUGGCGAAGUACAAGGGAGGCAAUGUCUCGCUGUGUGGCAAGUCCAAUAACAGCAUGAAAUGUGACCCCGUUAUCUCGAUGGUCAAGAUGGUUAGGAUGGGUUGUGGAAACGAUGUGAUGGGUAGGGCCGGAGGCAGCUGGGAGUGGUGGCUCAAGGAUCUGAGCCUUAUGGUUCAUUAG